UCACCUCAGAGAGUAAACAGAUAUAUUGGAGCCCCAAGGGUUCAUGGGUAGCGUAUUUACAAAGGAGCGUCUCCGCCAGCCCGUGCCACCGCUGCUAAUGAGAGCGGUCAUUAAGUAAAUGAGACAUCGCCUUUAGCUGGCUUAGGAGUUCGCACACGAAGGGGAGAAGAUAUUUAAUUGAAACCCUCACACAGGCUUCCCCACAUGUGACGCGAGAGGGAGGCAGCUGUCUGCCUCUCCGCCCCCGUCCAGCCUGCACCCCCAUGUAAAUUUCAUGAUUGCCUUCGUGAUGUCAUUUUGAAGGAGGACAGACAAUAGCUGUGGGGAAAGAAAAUGAGUUCCGGGGUGAGCUGCUGAGUCAGAGGUGGACACGCGGAGAAAAGGGCAGCACCGGCAGCACUUCCAGACUCCUCGUGGGCGGACACGACGAGAUGAGCUUAGACAAUGAUGAUAAAAGAGCUCGAACCCGAUCCAAGGCCCUCCGAGCACCCCCAGAGUCUGCAGGUGCUGACCUCAGCUGCCCCACCCCAGGAUGCACAGGCUCAGGACACAUCCGGGGCAAGUACUCCAGGCACCGAAGUCUGCAGAGCUGCCCUCUGGCCAAGAAGAGGAAGAUGGACGGCGUGGAGGCCGAGCACCUGGUGUGCAAGCGGAAGUCGCUGCCCCUGAAGCUGGCGCUGGACGAGGGCUGCGGCCUGGAGAGCGAGGGCAGCGAGGAUGCCGAAGUGAAGGAUGCCUCUGUCUCGGAUGAAUCGGAAGGAACUCUGGAGGAGGACGAGGCCGAGAUGUCGGGACAGGAGGACAUUCAUCGCUCCGAGCCAGCUGAAGGAAGGAGCCCUGUCAGGUGUCACUUUGGAUCCACCCCCAUCAGCAGCCGUACAGGUACCUCUAAGGGCAGCUACAGCAGCUACCAGGAAAUCAUCGCCACUUCUCUCCUGAAUCUGGGCCAAAUUGCCGAGGAGGCCCUGGUUGGAGAGGACUCGGGCCAGGCGUCCAAGCAAGGCUCCGGCAUUGUGCACCUGGUUCAGGAAGAGACUGAGGAAGGGGCCAGCAGCGAUGAGGGUGAGAAGGAGGUCUUCAUCCAGCCUGAGGAUGCCGAGGAGGUCAUUGAGAUCACCAGCGAGCGCUCGCAGGACCUGUGUCCCCAGUCCCUGAAGGGGGUGGCCAGCAAGCAGAAGGUCACCCUGGGCCAGGAGGAGGAGGAGGAGGAGGAGGAUGAGGAGGAGGAUGAGGAUGAGGAGGAGGAGGAGGAAGACGAGGAAGAAGACGAGGAGGAGGAAGAGGAGGAGGAGGAGGAGGAGGAGGACGAUGAGGAGGCUGACCCUGAUGUGAUCUGCCAGGAAGACGCCCCCCAGGCCUCUACCCCGAAGGGCACUGAGCCCCGGCAUGCUGCACUGCCCAGCCCCAAGCCUGAGUACUCUGUCAUCGUGGAGGUGCACUCUGAGGAUGGCAAGGAUGAGGACACGCGUUCCCAGAAAUCAGCCGUGACCGAUGAGUCAGACAUGUACGACAUGAUGACGCGUGGGAACCUGGGCCUCCUGGAGCAGGCCAUUGCCCUGAAGGCAGAGCAGGUGCGCUCCGUCUGUGAGCCCGGCUGCCUGCCCACCGACCAGGGCCAGCUGAGCUCCAGUGACCCAGGGAAGGGGCUGCGGCCGCAGGACUCCACACGGAAGAACUACUGCAGCAAAGAUCCCUCCAGAGCUGAGAAGCGUGAGAUCAAGUGCCCGACCCCAGGCUGUGACGGCACGGGCCACGUGACAGGGCUGUACCCACACCAUCGCAGUCUGUCUGGCUGCCCCCACAAAGACAGGAUUCCCCCCGAGAUCUUGGCCAUGCAUGAGAACGUGCUGAAGUGCCCCACGCCCGGCUGCACGGGCCAGGGUCACGUGAACAGCAACCGCAACACGCACCGCAGUUUGUCUGGGUGUCCCAUUGCUGCUGCUGAAAAAUUAGCCAAAUCUCAUGAGAAGCAACAGCCGCAGGCGGGGGACCCUUCUAAGAGCAGCUCCAAUUCAGACCGGAUCCUCAGACCCAUGUGCUUCGUGAAGCAGCUUGAGGUCCCUCCGUAUGGAAGCUACCGGCCGAGUGUGGCCCCUACCACACCCAGAGCCAACCUGGCCAAGGAGCUGGAGAAAUUCUCCAAGGUGGCCUUUGACUACGCAAGCUUCGAUGCUCAGGUGUUUGGCAAACGCAUGCUUGCCCCAAAGAUUCAAACCAGCGAAACCUCACCUAAAGCCUUUAAAUCCAACCCUUUCCCGAAGGGUUCUCCCUCUGGGCACAGCCCCUGCACUUCACCCUCUUGUACAGGCUUCGACUACGCCCAGGACGCCGAGGCCGCACACAUGGCCGCCACCGCCAUCCUGAACCUCUCCACUCGCUGCUGGGAGAUGCCUGAGAACCUCAGCACCAAGCCACAGGAUCUGCCUGGCAAGUCUGUGGACAUCGAGGUGGACGAGAACGGAACCCUGGACCUGAGCAUGCACAAGCACCGCCGGCGGGAUGGCACCGUCCCUGGCAGCGGCAGCGGUAGCAGCAGCCCCGGCGUGAAAUCCCCCGACGCCUGCCAGCGGCCCAGCAGCUCCAUGACCUCGCCCCAGUCCAGCCAGGCCUCGCGCCAGGACGAGUGGGACCGGCCGCUGGACUACACCAAGCCCAGUCGCCCCCGAGAAGAGGAACCUGAGGAGUCAGAGCCAGCAGCCCAUUCUUUUGCUUCUUCUGAAGCAGAUGACCAGGAAGUGUUGGAGGAGAACCUGGAGGAGCGGAAGUACCCUGGGGAAGUCACCCUGACCAAUUUUAAGCUGAAGUUUCUCUCCAAGGACAUAAAGAAGGAACUGCUCACCUGUCCCACCCCCGGCUGUGACGGCAGUGGCCACAUCACCGGGAACUAUGCCUCCCACCGCAGCCUCUCUGGUUGCCCUCUUGCUGACAAGAGCCUCAGAAACCUCAUGGCUGCCCAUUCUGCUGACCUCAAGUGCCCCACGCCUGGCUGUGAUGGCUCUGGCCACAUAACAGGAAACUACGCUUCACACCGCAGCCUGUCAGGAUGCCCUCGUGCCAAGAAAAGUGGAGCCAAGGUGACACCUACAAGAGAUGACAAGGAAGAUCCUGAACUGAUGAAGUGCCCUGUUCCUGGCUGUGUGGGGCUUGGCCACAUCAGUGGCAAAUAUGCGUCUCACAGAAGCGCGUCUGGCUGCCCCCUUGCAGCCCGGAGACAGAAGGAGGGUUCGCUCAAUGGCUCAUCUUUCUCUUGGAAGUCUCUGAAGAAUGAAGGGCCUACCUGUCCCACUCCAGGCUGUGAUGGCUCUGGUCAUGCCAAUGGGAGCUUCCUCACCCACCGGAGCUUGUCUGGUUGUCCCAGAGCCACCUUUGCUGGAAAGAAGGGAAAACUCUCAGGGGAAGACGUUCUCAGCACCAAGUUCAAGACAAGUGAUGUGCUGGACAAUGAUGAGGACAUCAAGCAGCUGAACCAGGAGAUCCGUGACCUGAACGAGUCUAACUCAGAGAUGGAGGCCGCCAUGGUGCAGCUGCAGUCCCAGAUCUCGUCCAUGGAGAAGAGCCUGAAGAACAUUGAGGAGGAGAACAAGCUCAUCGAGGAGCAGAAUGAAGCCCUGUUCCUGGAGCUGUCAGGCCUGAGCCAGGCCCUCAUCCAAAGUCUUGCCAAUAUCCGCCUUCCACACAUGGAGCCGAUCUGUGAACAGAACUUCGACGACUAUGUGAGCACUCUCACCGACAUGUACUCCAACCAGGAAUGCUACCUGAACCCUGAGAACAAGGACCUCCUGGAGAGUAUCAAGCAGGCUGUGAGAGGAAUCCAGGUGUAGGCUUUGCUGUUCUAGGAGCUGCCUUGCCAAUGUGGGGUGCCCACACCACCCCAAGUUCCUAGCUCCAUCAUUACCUCCCUUGCCCUGCCCUCCCUGUGGAGACCCCCACUCACAGUGACCUCCAGUUGGCAGCCUGGGUGCCCUGAGGGGGCUUAUCCAAAGGAGGCCUGCAGCUCAGUGUCUCCCUAGAUGUGCUUGCCAGGCGGUGGCCUCUAUGACCCCAUGCAAAUGGGGGGGACAAAGUAUUACAAAGUGAUUUAUUUUUGUUUUUUGAAAGAAAUCUGAGGAGCAGCUCAAAGUCUCCAGUGGAAGCUCAUGGACAAGGUUCUCAGGGAAGUUCUGGAGUCUGCAGCCACAGUGUUUGUCUGUCAGGGCGGGAGGGCAGUGUGCCCGUCGCUGUGGGUGCGUGUGAUGGUGUGGGCUGGGAUGCGCCCCCGGGCUGGGCAUCCGUUCUCAAGGCCCGAGUGGCAAGUGUGUUUUCUGUUUUCAUUUCACUCCGUUCUGUGUUCAGGAUGGAACAAGGCUCAGUUCCAGAGGGCCAACUAGGAACAGGUUGGCAGCCUAAGGUUCGACUGGGGCGCCCCUCUGGCCAGCCCCUCCGGUCCCUCUUUCAAGCACCCAAGUCCAAGGGUGAUGUGAGGAGCCCCAAUACCCCACAGGUACAGGCUAGGCCAGGCCACUCUCCACUUCUCACCAGAGAGGGUCAGGGUCCAGCUCUCCGUGUGCUCCCAGGACCCUGACUGUCACCACCCACCACACUCCCGGUCACAGCUGAGCUGGACCAGGUGGAACAGGCCAGCAAGGUCAGGGGUCACAUCCCUCAUGGAAGACCUCCGGUUGUCCUUCUCUUUAGUCAUUCAAGAUGUGAAAAAAGGUAAAUUUCAAUUCAAUGUGUUAAAAACACUAUGUCCUAAUGUGUAAAUAGAGUCCAAAUUGAUUGUGACUGCAAUUCCAAGUUAGUAUUUAAAAGUAGAGAAAUCGCAUUUCCUGGAAGAAAUUUUUAAAAGUAGUUAGUUUAAUUAUUCUGUAAAUUAUUUAAUUUUGUCAAGAUGUAAGUAUUUAUAUUCACAACCUCUUAUGUUAAUGUUUGCUAUUUAUUUAACAUUUUUAUUUAUUAAUUUUAUACUGUUUUAACUAGACCCGCACACCAGGGCACCAUGAGAAGGAAAUAAAUUAAAUCAAGCAAAAUUAACUCUACUACGAUAGGUCACAAAAAGAUUCUUGCUAUAACUUCUAGUUAUAAUUUUGAUGGAACCAAGUUAUUUUCAUAUAUUUUGUUAUUUAUUAUUUUAAUAAUGGUAUUUUUUAAAAAGUAUUUUGUAACAGGAAUUUUGAUAAUUUGAGGAUGUUUUUCCCUUGUUCCAAUGGAAAGAUCAAUUCUUUAGUUUCUUUUGUCCCUUUUGGUUCCUUUGGUUUCAAGCACGGACAACAGCAGAUGGAGUUGUGUGUUCUUUCUUUGUGUGUAGGCAGAUGUGUGUGCCCUGCGUGUUCUUGUGUCGCGUCUGUGUGCCAGUUCUCAAUGGCUGAGUCAUGUUGCUGUGAGGGAAAGCUGGUUGCCACCAGCCCCACCCUGUCCCUCCUCCGACAGCUCCAGUACUGUGAUCCUCCUUCCUCAGGAAACCCGUGCAGCCCAGACAUAGCUCUUCUCGGUGUGUCGCAGGGUGAUUUCCUAAUAAAAGUCGCGUGACUGUGAGCA